AAGUCACAUUCUAUGUCCUCUUAUUAAGGCUACAAAACAUGGCCUUGAUGCUACUAUGAAUGAAGCUAAAUUCUUUCUCACAUAUAUAUAAGACUAUAGUGCCCAUUGUUUAAGCAGCCAAGACGAGCACAACUCUCACAUACACCAAACUUUCAUCAGUUCGCAUAAACAUCCCUAAGAUGGCCAGAAAGUGGCAGAAAAUGGCAGCAAUGGCGAGAAAGAUCUCCUCACCAAGAGCCGAUAAGCGCUCUGAUUUUAGUGCAUGCAGUACAUCAUCUAUUGUGGAAAAAGGCCAUUUCAAUGUGUACACUUUGGAAGGGAAGCGUUUUAUGAUUCCCUUGGCGUACUUGAACAAUGUUGUUUUCAAGGAGCUUUUGAAGAUAUCUGAAGAAGAAUUUGGAUUGCCCGGCGAUGGCCCGAUCACAUUGACUUGUGAUGCUGUAUCCAUGGAGUAUGUCCUUUCCAUGCUAAGAAGAGGAGUUUCUCAAGAAGUGGAGAGGGCAUUGCUUAGCUCCAUGUUCAUUGAUAGUCCAUCCACAUGCUCUACUUUUUCUAUACAAAAUACUCAACAGCUAACAAUCUGUAGUUUUUGAAUUAUCAGCAUUAUUAUUGUAAUGACACAAAUACACACAUGUACAUUCACUACAGUUUUUUGAUGGAGAAAAAAUUCAUCAUAAAUUC